AUGAACAAUUCUUCCAUGAUGCCAGAUUAUGGGAUAACAACAACUUUAGACUAUAAUAUUGACGCAGGCCUAGUCUACAACCAUGCUGUGGAAGCAUUUGCAACUAAUUUUCUGCCACCGUUUUACUCUUUGGUGCUCAUAUUUGGCCUGUUGGGCAACUCACUGGUGGUGCUGAUCCUGAUCAGAUACAAGAAGCUCAAGAGCAUGACUGAUAUCUACCUGCUCAAUUUAGCCAUCUCGGACUUGCUUGUCAUCUUCUCACUCCCAUUUUGGGCUUAUUACGCAGGGCACGAGUGGAUAUUUGGAGUUGCAAUGUGCAAAAUUCUCUUUGGGAUCUAUUAUAUAGGCUUCUACUGCGGAAGUUUUUUCAUAAUCCUUUUGACAAUCGAUAGAUACCUGGCCAUCGUCCAUGCAGUGUUUGCAUUAAAAGCCAGGACGAUCACCUAUGGCACCGUCACAAGCGUCGUCACUUGGGUGGUGGUCUUAUUAGCCUCUGUGCCAGAAUUUGUAUUUCACCGUGUUCAAAAGGCAAAUGAGACAUACGAAUGUACUAUUCAUUAUCCCUUAGAAAAUGAAAAAGUAUGGAAGCAAUUUCUAACUUUAAUGAAGUUCAUUUUGGGCUUAGCCAUUCCUGCAGUCAUCAUUAUCUACUGUUACAUGUGGAUUAUCAUGAUUUUGAUUAAGGGUAGAAAUCAGAGAAAGCAGAAGGCUGUCAAGCUUAUUGCUGUGAUCAUCAUUGUUUAUUUCCUCUUCUGGAUGCCAUACAACAUUGCCCUCUUGCUGCAGACCUUUCAAGAUUCAUUUUUUUCAUCUAACUCAGAGAAUAAUAUUGAGAACAAGUUAUUUGUAGCCAUUUCUGUGACAGAGACAAUUGCUGCGAUCCACUGUUGCAUCAACCCUGUGAUUUAUGCCUUUGUGGGGCAGAAAUUUAGGAAACAUAUCUCUACCUUUUUCCAAAGCAUAUGUUCCUCCUCUCUAUAA